AUGACUGUUACAUCGAAAAAGGAGGAGGAAGAAGAGGAGGAAACUGGUUAUCUGGGCCCGGUUUCCCAAAGGCAACUUAAGGCGUCCAAUGGUUCAAACAAUGAACUUAGCUGUAAAAGGAUUUUGAGAAACCGGGCCUUGAUUAACACUAGAGAAGGAUGUGACUAUUGUGGAUCCUCUGGGGAGUCUCAACAUCAUCAUGAAGCUGAUGUGACAGAGAAAAAAUCACAAUCACACCAGAGAAUACACACAGGAGAGAAACUUUUUAGCUGUGAUGAAUGUGGGAAGAGUUUUACUCAGUCAAUCAACCUGAUAUCCCACCAGAAAAUACACACUGGAGAGAAGCCUUACCACUGCUCUGACUGCGGAAAGAGGUUCUCAAGAGCAGAGAACCUAAAAGUACACCAGAGAAUCCAUACAGGAGAGAAACCUUAUAGCUGCUCUGACUGUGUGAAAAGUUUUUUUUUGUCAGCACAUUUAAAAUCACACCAGAGAAUACAUACAGGAGAGAAACCUUAUAGCUGUGAUGAAUGUGGGAAGAGUUUUACUCAGUCAAGCAACCUGAUAUCCCACCAGAGGAUACACACAGGAGAGAAAUGUCACAGCUGCUCUGAUUGUCGGAAGAGAUGCACCACUUUAUCAGACCUCAAAAGACACCAGAGAAUUCACACGGGAGAGAAACCUUAUAGCUGUGACCAAUGUGGGAAGAGUUUUGUUUCAUCUAGCCAGCUGACUGUACACCAGAGAACACACACAGGAGAGAAAUGUCAUAGCUGUGAUCAAUGUGGGAAGAGUUUUACUCAGUCAAAGAACCUGAUAUCACACCAGAGAAUGCAUACAGGAGAGAAGCCUUACCACUGUUCUGACUGCGGGAAGAGUUUCCCCAGAUCAGAUUCCCUAAAAAGACACCAGCGAACACACACAGGCGAGAACCGUCUUAGCGAGAAAUCUCAUAGCUGUGAUCAAUGUGACAAGAGAUACUCUGAUAAAAGAUCUCUGAUCAAACACCAGAAAAUACACACAGGAGAUAAACCUUUUAGCUGUGAUGAAUGUGGGAAGAGUUUUACUCAGUCAAGCAACCUGAUAUCCCACCAGAGAAUACACACUGGAGAGAAGCCUUACCACUGCUCUGACUGCGGAAAGAGGUUCUCAAGAGCAGAGAACCUAAAAGUACACCAGAGAAUCCAUACAGGAGAGAAACCUUAUAGCUGCUCUGACUGUGGGAAGAGUUUUUUUUUGUCAGCACAUUUAAAAUCACACCAGAGAAUACAUACAGGAGAGAAACCUUAUAGCUGUGAUCAAUGUGGGAAGAGUUUUACUCAGUCAAGCAACCUGAUAUCCCACCAGAGGAUACACACUGGAGAGAAAUGUCACAGCUGCUCUGAUUGUGGGAAGAGAUGCACCACUUUAUCAGACCUCAAAAGACAUCAGAGAAUCCAUACAGGAGAGAAAUGUCAUAGCUGUGAUCAAUGUGGGAAGAGUUUUACUCAGUCAAAGAACCUGAUAUCACACCAGAGAAUGCAUACAGGAGAGAAGCCUUACCACUGUUCUGACUGCGUGAAGAGUUUCCCCAGAUCAGAUUCCCUAAAAAGACACCAGCGAACACACACAGGCGAGAACCGUCUUAGCGAGAAAUCUCAUAGCUGUGAACAAUGUGACAAGAGAUACUCUGAUAAAAGAUCUCUGAUCAAACAUCAGAAAAUACAUACAUGA